GGCGGUCCGCAUCAGUGUGAUUUUUUUGUGAAUUAUUUAUUAUCGGUGAUUUAAUGGGUGUUUUUAUUUUUUGCUUGUCCAUAAAACCUUGUCUCUUGUAGUUAUCAAUUAAAUAUCUAAUAUUUCCACUGUUUGAUGGGAAAAUAAGCCAAAAUGCAUCGACGUCGAGGCCCUAAUUUUACAUAUGUGAGCGGUUGUGUCAAGUACAUGAUUUUUGUUUUAAAUUUCAUAUUUUGGUUAUCUGGAGGAUUGAUAACAGGCAUAGGACUGUAUGCAUUUAUAGACAAAUGGCAAGCCACUGGUCACAUAAAGCUGGACACAGUUUACGAUGUGAUACUGAAUGUCAGUCUGCUAAUCGCUUUGCUGGGAAGUGUGGUAUUCAUCGUGAGCUUUGCUGGCUGCAUAGGAGCAUUGAGAGAGAAUACUUGCCUGCUUAAAUUCUACUCGCUAUGUCUCCUGGUGCUAUUCCUCGUGGAAAUGGGAGGUGCGGUGUGCGGGUUUGUGUUCCCGCGCUCUCUUCACGGCAUCCUGGAGAACAGCUUCACGGAGCGCAUCGUGCGUCUGUACAGGGACGACCCCGACCUGCAGAACUUCAUCGACUUCGCGCAGAAAGACUUCCACUGUUGCGGCCUAACAUCAGAUGGCUACAUGGACUGGUCGAAGAACGAAUACUUCAACUGCUCAUCACCGUCCGUAGAACGCUGCGGGGUUCCCUUCUCGUGUUGCAUCAACGCAACAGACAUCAGCUCAGGCCUAGUUAAUAUCAUGUGCGGAUACGGAGUGCAGAACUAUCCCGUUGCGGAAGCAAGCAAGCGCGUGUGGACGAGCGGGUGUAUAGAGAUAGUUCGGUCGUGGGGCGAGCGUAACCUCUACACUAUCGCGACGGUUGCGCUAGGCGUGGCGCUGUCGCAGCUCUUCGUUAUCUACCUCGCCAAGACUCUUGAGGGACAAAUCGAGUUACAGAAAGCCAGAUGGCAAACAUGAAACAGGGGUUCAGCGGGCGCGUACCGCGACGAAUGCCGGCGCGCGCUGCUGUAGCCGGCGCCGCCCGCGCGGCCGCUCGCCCGCGCCGCGCCCGCCGCGCUCCACAUGUAGACCCCUGACCCCUAACCCAUUACCAGGGACCAAAGAGACAAGUAAACAGUGUACCUACUUGCAAAACUAGGGGUCAAAGUGUGUGGACAAGUAAACAGUGUACCUUCUCCCAAACCUAGGGGUCAUAGUGUGUGGCAAGUAAAUAAUGUGCUCCCAAACCCAGGGGUCGAACUGAUAUUACAAGUGUGUGGACAAGAUGGCAGUGGUCGAAGUGUGUUGGUUUUCUCAAACCCAUUCUUGGGAGUUGAAGUGAUAUUACUUCACAUACAGUAAUGAUAAUGUGCUCAUAAACUCAGGCGUUGAAGAAUCAGAAUGUGUGUGGACAAAUUGCCAAUUGCCAGUGCUCCUUGG